AUGCCGUCUGCCAAGGAGGUCAACCGAGCGCUGGCUCGCAUCAGAGCCGCCAUGCCCGCCGAGAAAAAGGUGGCAUCCGCAAAUCGCAACAUCCGCCUGGGCCUAGAGCGCAUCAGCCAUGUCGUGCCGCAGGAGCAGGGCUGGCUAGGCGUCCAUGUUGGCGGCACCAAUGGCAAGGGAUCCGUCUGUAACUUGUUAUCGGGGCUGUUCAGGCUGUCCGGAAUCAGCCAUGGCAUGUACACGUCCCCAGCAAUGCCCGAGAGGCACAACGGCGUCACCAUCAACGGCCUCUAUGUCAACCGCCGCAUGUAUGAGAUGGAGGUCAAGCACAUUGAGGAAAAAUUCAAGCGCAUUGCGUCUGGCUGGCGGUUUGCCGCUGGUGAGGACCCGGGAAACCUGACGCCUUUUGAGCUCGAGACUGCUGCUGCCUUCCGUGUCUUUGACAAGAUGCACGUCAACUAUGGCGUUGUCGAGGUGGGAAUGGGCGGCGCUACUGAUGCAACAAACAUCAUGAAGCAAAAGUCAGUCACCGUCAUCACCAAAAUCGAUCUCGACCACCAGGAGUACCUCGGCAACACCAUCGAGGAGAUUGCCAAGGUCAAGGCCGGCAUCAUGAGACCUGGCGUACCCUGCAUUGUCGAUCAUUCUAAUCCCAGCUCCGUCAUGAAAGUACUUCGGCGCCAUGCGAGCAGCAUUGGCACUCAAAUCAGCCCGUCGUGGAAAGGACAAUCUCUACUGGACAAUCUUGAUACUGAGCGGUUCAAACUGGAGGACUAUGAGAAGCAGAAUCUUCUCUGUGCAACUCUAGCAUUCCGCCACCUGUUCCCAAAUCUUGAAAUCGACGUUAAUAAGCUACUGGCUAUGGAACCUUUCCCAUCUGGACGAAAAGAGCAAGUCAAGGUGCUUGGUCUCACCGGCGGAACUCGUCAAACACCUGUCCUUGUAGACGGCGCUCACAACCUGCUUGGUGCCGAAGCGCUGGCUUCUUAUGUGCAGCACCAAGUUCGCCAAGGGGAUGAGCCGGUUUCAUGGGUCAUGGGACUAUCAGCUAGCAAGUCCAAACCCUUUGCAAAAGUCAUAUCUGCCCUGGUACAGCCUCAAGACAAUUUCGCCUUUGUUGAAUAUCUCCCUGCUCCCAAUGAACCACCCCCAGCUUCCGCUGAGCUCGGCCGUGAGAUUGGAAGAUCCAUUGUUAGCAACGAGUCUCAGCUAUACGAUGGCGACACCCAGAUUAGCGCUGGCGUGCAAUGGGCUUGCGAAAAGGCAGGAGAAGGCCCGGUUAUAGUAACUGGUAGCCUCUAUAUGAUUAGAAACUUUUACAACAUGGAAGGGGUUGAGCCCAAGAGAAAGACCAAAACGAGGAGGCCUGGUGCCGCACAGCUAUGGCAUUACAUACAGCUAUCGCAGGAAAGAGCGCUGACCCCCGAGGAAGCCAGAGAGUUUAAGCGAGCUCGGAGACAUUGGCAUCUGUCGCCUGUACGAAAUUCUACGUUUAGAGGGGUGAAAUACGGCGGUCUACCCAGGUCCGCCCGCGUUCCCGAGAGGAUACGUGCCCUGCAGCAACAAUCAGAGUUCCAUAGAAAGCAGGCUGAAGGAUACCGUAGCGCCAUUGAUAGCAUGGAGAAGGACUUGGCGAAGGAAUCAGCCGAUGCCGCUGCCACCGAGUCUUCUGAUUUCCAAAUUAGCCUAGAGACCCUCAAGCGGCGACACCAGGAACAUCUCGGUGCCUACAACAGCGCCAUGUUCAAACUUCGUGGACAUGUUGCUUCGCCUGAGAAAAAGUAUAUGAGCUACGAGGAAGUGUUUGGACGGGCGCCGAAACCCAAGGUCAAGAACUUUCCUUUUCCCGAAGAUGAUGGGAGCAUAACUUCUACGAAAACACAUGAAGACGUAGCUGCCUCGCCUGAGGUUAGCACCGGUUCUCCAUCCGGCAAAAUCCCUGAUGAGGAGAAGAGGGCAGAAUUACAAAGUUCACGAUUUGGAAAAAGGUCCCGUCGUGAUGGCAAGGGGAAGGACAAGACUGUGACAGAGGCGCAUGACCUUGUCGACAAGCUGACAAGAGAGCGUGUCAGCACUGAAGCUGGAUCAAGCAACAAGCCCUGA